AUGGAGACUAGGCGCUCAGAUGCUCGAGCUACACGGUGGGGGCGCGUUUUUGGUUCCUUCUUCCCAAUGCAGUCUCGAGUUGUCCGAGCUGAGGAGGCUGCGCCACCCUCCAGUCCAGUGGAGACCAAACCUGCAGAACCUCCAGCGCCGAGUCCGGAGGAGCCUGCGGUGCAAUUCGAGAUGAUCCAUCGGGAGUUUCAGAACAUCUCGAUGCAGGACAACUGGGACGGCUUCCGCAUCGAGGCCCAGAAGAAGGUGACCGACUGCCUACAGGCCACUCACUCGCUUUUCUUAGGGACCCGCUUGCGGGAGUGUGGCUACCUGUACCAGUUCGGCCCCGCGUUCCAGUCACCGGAUGGACGAACCAUGCUGGUGGCAAGGACGGGACUUGACGGCGGUGUGACAGGUCGACUAAUCCAGAAGUUGGGCAGCUCCUGGGAGCUGAAGGGAUCCUCCGGCUCAGACUUGAAGGACCCGCAGCGCAACAUGUAUGAGGGUGCCCUUGAGUACUCCGGGCCCGAGCGAGCCUUCGGCGGCAAGGUCGCAUGGCAGGGCUAUUGGCUCGCAGGAGGCUCCUACGUGCAGAAGAUCAUGCCGCAGCUGCAGCUCGGAGGUGACCUGACCGUGGUUGCCGUCAACAGCGUGACCUCUGUUGGCCAGGUAGGAAUGCGGUUCACCGAGGGCAAGCAUGUCUUCAGCGCUAUUUUGACACGAGCACUGGGAGGAUCAGCCAGCAUCAUGCAUGAGCUGAAAAUGCAGUAUGUACGCAAAGUCACCGAGAGGCUUAGCCUCGGGACAGAGUACAAGUUGUCUUAUCCAGACAAGGAGUCCGGCCUGACGAUGGCUUACGAGUAUCUCUUCAGGAAUGCUCGGAUCCAGGGCUUGGUGGACACGGACGGAAAGGUCAGCUGCAGUGUGUCGGACAUCAGCGGCUUCGGAUUCAGCGGCAUGAUUGACUAUGGCCGCGGUGACUACAAGUUCGGCAUGCUGAUGCACGUGCUACCCGAGCCGGCUGGCGGCCAGCCACCCCAGUGA